UCACAAUCGCCAUUAGCUUGUUAUCCCUAAGAGAAAAAUUGUCGCAGGGAUUGUGAAUAUGGUCAAGGAAACCGUCAUCACCCUCCAGCUUGUAUGAGAGAUAAAUGCGUUACAAAGGUUCCCCCUACUGGUUUAGGAUACGGGAUAGAAGAAGGGAUUAAGUCUAUAAGAGGGAGUAGACGAUACGAUUUGUUGUAUUGACAAACAGAAAGAACACCCUUCACUAUGCUAAAAAUGAACUGUGCCGCUGCCAUCUGUCUCGUUUUCCUCUUUGCAUUCUCAAAGGGAGCAGAAGUUCCAACCACAACAGAAGGGGCUGGCAUGACCACCUCUGGGGUUGAAAAAUCGACCACUGCAUCAGGAUCGACUGUCAAGGGGGAAGAGGAUGUCAGACAAGAAAUUAAAGCCCAGCUGCAUGCUUUGAGCGAAGGCUGCAAGACCAAAACUGAAAUAUCAGCAGAGGCUGCUCAGAUUUCAAUAAACCAGCAAAUUCCCAAAACCGAGCCGGAAAAGUGUUAUUUGGAAUGCAUUUACAACGGAAUGGGAUUGGCUAAGGACGGGCAGUUCAAUGAAAAAGGCGCCAGAGUUUUGGCGCAGAAAAGAUUCGCCGAAUCAUCGGAAGAACUGUCAAAAGCUAAUCUCAUGAUCGAAGCUUGCUCAAAAGAAGCUGUUGUCAAAGAUACAACUGAAAAAUGUGCAAUUGGCCGAAUGAUUAGAGAAUGUUUCGUUAAGAAUGGCGCUAAGAUCAACUUCUUUCCAAAGCCCUAAUUUCCAGGGAUAUCUAUCUUAGAAUCAAGGCUGAAAAAGAAAAAAAUUAAUUUUUAAUUGGAAUAUUUAUGUUUAAUUAAAACUUUCAUAAAGAA